AUGUUGGCUCUUCGCGACCAGGAGAACCUGGUAAAUACCCACCAGACUGCCGCCGCAGCUAAGCCUUUGAAUCAAAGCAAGCAGCUAGCACCCAAGACCCCCGGCAAGCAACGAAAUGAUGAAAACAACCCGUUGGCAUUUGGAAACCGCACCGUUAAGGGCAAUGGGAAUCGCCAGGAGAAUGGAAAACCGGGGAACGCGUUUAUGACUCCGAUGGUGAAGGAUCGCGCUCCACUGGGCAUGAAAACCACCAAUCUUAAAGCCAACAACCUCCAGACCCCUGCGCCCUUUGGGACCACCAAGCAAGCGAAGACAAACCGCAGACAGUCGACUGGCCAAAAGAUCAGAAAAGCUGCUCCCGUGAUACAACAAGCCCAAACCAAAGUCCACAUUGAUGCUGCAGCUGAUGAUGUGCCGGAUAUUGAAUACAUGCCGCCGAAGCCUAGAGAUCUUCCGGACCUUCCAGAUGACGUGACAUAUGACACCACAUUCCCCCAAUUCCGACCGAAGAAUCGAGCUCUAGGUUUGGAGAGUGUUUACGGCAAGCAACAAGUUGGGAAGGAUGGACUCACAGCGAAGCAGCGCAAGUUCAAGGAGGAUUCAGCGGCAUGCGAUAGGAUGGUGGAUGAGAUGAUCAUGAAACAACUGGAGGGUAUUGGAUUUGAGAGCUCUAGUGACGGCGAGUCUGCAAAGGCACUUCAGCCUAAUGUCAACCCCUCAAAGAAACCCACCACUACACGACAAACUCGCAGUGUGUCCACGCUUCGAGCUCGUGACGCUGCCGCUGCCCUUGCCGGCCACCAGCCAACUGCUGCGCCUCGCGUGGCCCAAACCCCGAAACCACGGGUGGUAUCGUUGGCCUCGUCGCUGGUUAUGCCCAAGAGGCACGCCAGGGUCCCAUCUAACCCCUCUUCCAUGCGCAAUACUGCUGCUUCUGUCAACUCUCGGACGACCGUUGGCUAUUCCAAGGGACGCAGUGUGUCAUCCACCCUGCGCGAGAAACAUACCCAAACGCAGAGGGCGAGCUCUCAGGUCCUAUCUCCCGAAACUUAUAUGCAGCUGUAUGGACCCCCUCCGCUGGACUCAGAAAUGUGGACUCGUUGCAAAGCUGCUGGAUGCUUUGACACCCCGGAUGAGACCCAGGAACCGGAAGAACCACUACCUACUUUUGACGAAGACGAUGAGGCACAGAACUUCCAGCUCACAUUGUAG